CUAUCUCUUAGCUCUCUCUGCCCCCCCUCUCUCUCUGUCGACGUCGUGAUGAACACAUUGUGGGCGGUCAUCGCAGUCACAUGUUUCUUGUCAACGGCAAGGACCAGCUCAUGUUUUACGCAUGGUGCACGAUUGCGGCCACCACGGCCGCCCGGAUCAUGUUCUUCGCCGCCGCCAGCAACGGCACCUUUUGAGAGUCGAGCAGGAGCAACAGCACCUGCAGCAGCGGCAGGAGUGGGAGGAGCAGAAGAGGGUGAUAUAUUGCUGACCUUUAAGCCAUCCGAAGUCGAGGUGACGUGUAAACCAGGCGAGGUGGCGCUUGACGUUGCUUCAAGGUGCUCGGGCAUGCCUGAAGACAGCAAAGCCCCGUUCUGCCGGGAUGGGGGGUGCUACAACUGCGAGGUUGAGGUCGUCGAAGCCGCCGAACUGGGUAUCGUGGACAACUUGGUUAGGGCGUGCCAGUUCAAGAUACCCGCGGAGGCGAAGCAGCUCACUCUCAUUCAGAUGACCAGCGAAGAAGCGUUCGAGGACAUGCUCUGAAGAAGUCCAAUAGCGCGUCAUGCCGUGCGUGCUCUUGUUGGAGCGCACACAGCGCCAUAGGCGCCAGCCCCCCCCCAACCCCCCUCUU